GGAAGCUACACUUGAAGCAAGAAUGGACCUGCUACUCUUCCCUUCAUUUAACCCCUUCACCUUCCUCUCUCUUUCCCCUCACAACACACCUAACUCCUUUUCUUCUUCUUAUUCAUUCUCCCUCUUUCUUUCUCAACAUCUUCAUUUUCCAUCAUGAAGUUCAUUAACCCUAAAAACCUCUCACCCAAACGUCUUUUCCGUAAGAAGGAAAAAUCCUCUGUUUCAAGAUCCGACCCACUUUCAUUCGGUUCAUCUUCUUCCUCUGAUGAAUCCCUUCAUAAGCCUAUCACCGCCGGUUCCCAAACACCAACCAGUGUCCUCCCGGAAGUUUCCGGUGAGUGGUCAGAUAUCACUGUUGAUGUCCAGUGUGAGCUAGCUCAAGCGUUUCGUUUAAUCGACCGUGACAACGACGGCGUCGUUUCGCGUGAAGAACUUGAAGCGGUUCUCACGCGCCUUGGAGCGCGUCCUCCAACUCCUGAAGAGAUCGCGUUGAUGCUCAGUGAAGUUGAUAGCGAUGGUAAGGGUUGUAUAAGCGUGGAAACGAUAAUGAACCGGGUUGGGUCUGGUUCGAGUUCCGGUUCGGAUCCGAAUCCAGAAGAAGAGUUGCGGGAAGCGUUUGAAGUGUUUGAUACGGAUCGUGAUGGGAGAAUUUCGGCUGAAGAAUUGUUGAGGGUUUUUAGAGCGAUCGGUGAUGAACGGUGCACGUUAGAGGAGUGUAAGCGUAUGAUAGCAGGUGUUGAUAAAAACGGGGAUGGGUUCGUCUGUUUUCAAGAGUUUUCUCUUAUGAUGGACUUGCAGCGUUGAUCAGAUAUAUCAUGUCAUCACCAUGAUCAUGAUAUACAUAAUGAUAUUAAUAACAUAAAUAUAAUAUAAAAUCUUUUAUUAUAUCAUCAUCAAUUAUUUAUCUCUUGUUCAUUUUUUAUUUGUUAUAUAAUUUUCUUGUUUAUUAUUGGGUGGAUAUAUAAUUAGAGUAAAUAAGUCAUUCUCAACCGGGUCAAGAUUCUCUUCAUUUAUAACUUUUUUCAUUUCUUUUAAUUUAAAGAGAGAUAGAAAUAAUGGUGGAUCUAUUUAUGAUAGGAUUCACCACUUAUUUUUUUACCCCUCUCAACCCUAAUCAUUAAUCAAACUUUGUAAAUAUUUUAAAAUA